AUUAUAAGCACAAACCUUCUCUGUUUUAUCUUUCAAUUCGUUUAUUCUGCCAUUUUCGGUUCUCCCACUUCCAAUCCCAUUCAGCUCACGUUUGUAAGGAGGAGCCCUAGCCUCCUGCUUCCGGGACCAUCAUGUCGCCGUCUGCUGGCGGAUGCUUCGACGCUAACGGCGGAUGUGCAUGCCUUGCUCAACAGAAUGGGGAUGCCGAAACAGCUGCCAACUGUAAAUCCGGUGAUUCCUAUUGCGAGCAUUGUAGAUAUGGUUCAGCGGAUUCAUCAUCUUUUCCAUCGUUUUCCUGCUCUUCCUCAUCUCUAUGGCUUGAUUCGACGCGGUUAAGAGAGUACGGGAAGCUAUGGCGGAUCCUUGUUGCUUCUGCUAAAGGCUUCACAAUUGGAGCUGGUCUCAAAGGUGGUCUCUCUCUCUUUUCUGUCCUCGCUGGAUUGAAGCGGAGAAAGGCUUUGGCCUCCCUCGGUAAGAAAGGAGUGAUUACGAAUCGAGAUGCGAUUUCCAUGGCUUUGAAGGAGACUUUGAGAUACGGCCUUUUUCUUGGAACCUUUGCUGGUACAUUCGUUUCCAUUGAUGAGAUAAUUGGCAAUCUGGCAGGUCAUCGUAGGACUGCAAGAUGGCGGGCUCUAUUGGCGGGAGCAUUAGCUGGGCCGUCGAUGCUUCUGACUGGGUUAAAUACGCAACAUAAGACCUUGGCUAUCUACAUUUUCAUGCGCGCUGCGGUCUUGGCAUCGCGCUGUGGGAUUAAAAGCAAGAGGCUCGGGCAUAUUUGUAAGCCUCUCACGUGGUCAUAUGGUGACAUCUUCCUCAUGUGUCUCUCCUCUUCGCAGAUCUUGUCUGCUUAUGUGUUAAAGCAAGAUAGCUUACCGCCAUCGUUUAGGUCCUUUCUCAAUACACAUGGUGGAAAGGAUACCGUAAUCUUGGAAGGUUUAAAGAGUUUCGUAUCAGGCAUGCCUUCCUCCGAUAAAUUUAAAGCAAUAGAGAAGUACUACAGCGCCAUGGGUGCGGCCGUCAAAUUAGAUCCGCAAAUGAAGACUCCAUGCACGAUUAUACAUGGAAAUCAAUCAUGUGGUGGCCAUUUUCUUUCCUUUCUCAUUCAAGGAUAUAAAAGAGCGUUGCCAGUAUACCUCCCUGUUUAUCUUAUCCCAGCUCUAAUAGUUCAUCGUGAAGGUCUCAUGAAUAGGCCAUACGAAAUUUUAGCUAGGGGGCUUCUUGGAACUGCUAGAUCAAGUCUGUUCCUCUCUGCAUAUUGUGCAUCUGCUUGGAUGUGGACAUGCCUGACCUCGAGGACUUUCAAGAAAAUAAAUAUUCCAUUGGUUGCUCUAGCAACGUUCUUAACAGGUUUGGCACUGGCCAUUGAGAAGAAAAGCAGGAGGAUAGAAAUCUCACUCUAUUGCCUCGCUAGAGGUAUCGAGAGCUUCUUCAGCUGCAUGACAGAUUUGGGAUACUUGCCACCAUCAUUGAAUUUUAAACGAGCGGAUGUGAUAGUUUUCAGCAUAUCAACUUCCAUUAUAAUGCAUUGCUAUGCUCAGGAAAGGGAGGUAUUUCGAUCCAAGUAUCUUAAUGUUCUCGAUUGGGUUUUUGGUGUGCCUCCUCCCCCUUGUGAAACACCACGCUGCAAGAAUGGCAAGAAGUAUUGAAAGAAGCCUUGGAUCUCCGACGAACUAACACACUGGAUUUAAAUUGAAGGUACCAAAUAUUUGCCAGUAAUGUUUAGUCAAGAAUUUUCAUACUACAUAAUAUUUUAAUGUUUAGUUACCAUUACCUUCUAUAGAAUUAGACUCAUUUGAUUACAUGAUUCAUAUGAAGAUGUAGUUUCCGAUAUACACAUUGAUUUAAUGGACGAUCUUUCAAAUUUGUUAAAUAACAGUCUGACGGAUAACAUCGUUGAUGAUUAAAUUAUGAA